UCUCGCCCAGUACUCGUGCGCCCACCCGGAGUUCGCUGAACACAUAAGAUUCCACCGGGCGCACGAGGAGGCCCGGGCUCGUGCCAGUCAGCCCGGGUGUGAGGGCGAGGCCCUUGUUGGCUUUGGGAAGUUUAAAGAGGACACCCUGAAGGACCUGUACGAGUCCUCUGAUAAGGACCGCCAAGGAUUUGUCAAGUGGCUUCGAGGGAAGACACUGCACCCUGGGACUGCAAUGGACGCCGCCAGGAAGUACAUCCUGGGCCGAGACGCGAAGCGGUCGGCAGAGGCGGCAGCUGCGGCUGCUACCCCCCCUCCACCCACCAGCAGCCGCAGCAUCAGCAGCAGCGCCCCCACCACCACCAGCAGUGGCCCCAGCAAGGCCGCUGCUUCCACCGCGCUGUAGCCACACAAGCCGAUCGCCUCCAAGAUCGCCGCCGGCGUCCCAUGGGCCCAGGUGAGCUGCAGGCCAAGGUCAGGAAGCUGAUGACCACACCUGCACAGCCUGCAGUUCGAGCGGUGUCUACAUCCUUCAGAGACCAGCGCCCCUCGGUUCCGCCGCCGCCCCACGCCACAGAGGUGACGGACGAGGAACUGGUCCAGAUGGCCACUGACAUAGAAACAGGUAACUGGCACCAAACUGGACGUGUCACAUUUGCCAUCAAUAUAUAUUCUUCUGUCAGUGUGUUUGUAUUAACUGUAAUUGUUUCAUUUACUGGUCGCUACAGCUGAUGCUUGAAGGACAAAGGUAGGUUUGGCAGGUAAUAUAGCCAUCUUCGUAGGUGGUAGUGCCAUCCUCACUCAUGUGGCGGUAAUGUAGAUUUGAUUAAACGCCUUCACAUGUCUACUACCCUUGGCUCUGCUGCAUCUUGUAGCACUAAACCUUCUGCCCUAAUCACUGGCAUACUGCAUGUCAUCAACACUCAGACUCACUUAGUCUUGUCCCAUGACUAUCAUUGUGCUGAAUCUAUUUUGUUGUGUGUGACUGUGUCUGAAGCUGACGUACAGGUCCUUCAGACUCUCCCGCUCCCGCUGGUGGUGGAGAUGGAAGAGGAAGGAGAGGAAUGUGGAGCAGCCCGCAGCUCCCACUCCUGCUUCGGCUGAGGCCCGGUUGCCUGAGAGCUGGCGGACAGCUCUCACCGUGGAAGAGCAGGAGUGGAUCAGCCGGGAGCUGUUCCAGCCAGACAGCAAGGGGAGGACUAAACUCACCACGGACCUCAAGCUGUGGUGGGAUCCCCCUCAGCCCCGGCCGAGUUAUACUCAGCCACCCGCCUCACCAGCUGCCUUCUUCGCAUGUCGGCUGUUCCUCUGGACGCCCCUGCGUCUGUGGGGCGUCCGGCCGACAUGCUGCAACAAGGCCCUCACCAAGUGUGGGCUCUACAGGACCAUCCGGAGGGUCCUGGACAUCGACGGCUGGUACUUGAUGGCCACCGAGUACCUGGAGUGCUGUCGGUGUAAGAAGAAGGUAGCUGCCUGGUCGCAGGAGGUCGUGGGUCAGCUGGGAGAGGGGCAUCGCGCCCUGUUCCCAGCGAUCCUCACCUACAAGCUUGCCUGCGACCGGCGGGUCAUCAUACAGCUGCGUGAGCGUACUCGGGGGAACAGCCCCACGCAGCUGUACAACAAACUCUGUGAGGCACACACAGAGGCCUGGAUGCGGCGGUCCAUACACUACCUCAGCGUCAUGGAGCCCUUCGCGUCGCUAGGUGUCGUGCGCAGGUGCACCCCACCACCAAAUCUGUUACUGGUGUACUGCCACGACAUCCUCUCCCGCCUGGAGGACGUGAAGGCCCGGGUCACCUCCAUCUUUGGAAGCAUCCUGAAGAUGGAUUCAACCAAGAAGGUGACCCGGAAGCUCGCCGGUGCUGCCGCCCAGACCGCAGCGUGGGCAACCAACGUCGGCAACGAGCACGGACAGGUGCUUUUGUCCGUGCUCACGGACGCCGAGGGGGCCGGUCUGUUGUCCAUGGCUGCGGGGUUAAUGCGGCGGUACCGGGACGCUGGGGUGGAGCCGCCCUCAGCUCCUCUACGUCGACCGGGACUGUUGUUCGUCCCACGGGACAUCCAAGGCACCUGAGGUGUUCAAGGAGUGGGACAAGCUGGUGGUCCGGCUCGACAUCUGGCACCUGAUGCGCCGCUUUGCGUCGGGUGUCACCACCGAGAGCCACCAGCUGUAUAAGCCCUUCCUGCAGCAGCUGUCCUUGUGCAUCUUCCUGUGGGACCCAGAGGACGCAGCCCGGUUGCUCGACGCCAAGAAGAGGAUGCUUGAGGCGCAGGGGAUGACCUUCUCGUCCGACGCCGGAGUGU